AUCUGAUAAGCUAAGAUCUGGCCAGGAAAGGGGGGGCUGUGGAGGUUGAUUGUGCUGUAUUAGCAUUUCUCGUGGUCUCUUUCACUCAUCACGAAAUGCUGGGCAUCCCGCGAAGCGAUCUCUGGAAAGCGCGGCAAGGGCUUGCAACUCUUCCAAGCAUUUGUUACCUCCUCUGAACACUUCCAUGUCCUGCCCGACGCAUAAAUGUGACAAAGGCGUCACUGAGCUUUGACAUUCUUCCAAGCGAUCAGGACACUGCCAAGUCUGGUCGAAUUCGGACACCCUCAGCAGACAGCUCAGGCUGCGACACGCUUCAAAGGCGAUUCGGAGCCUGAGAAGACUUCGAAGCACUCAAGGAGAUCAACCAAAUUGUGUGCGGGCUCUGCUAGUAGUACCUUGGCACUAGCUCCUUUUCACGGGCAUGUGAUCGCAUUGUGAUUUGAUCAUGAACUCCCAACAAGACCCAGGUCCUGCAGCCGGCACCCGCCACGGUAAUUCGUUCUCGUUACCGCCAAAGGAAAUCAUGGAAUACAGCUGCACGCGGGGCAGCCGGCCAGAUCAAAGCCUGGGAACCUAUACGGUGUCGCGAAUGUGGGCAUCGCGUCACGUAUAAGGAGAGGACGAAACGCAUGGUACAAUUUGAAGCACGGUGACCACCCCUCACGAAGGCUGCGCGUAGCGCCCAUCUCAGGUUAUCUGUAUCAUAGGAUUCAUAGCACAAUCGCUGGCAUUGAUCAUGUCUCGAAUUACAUCUCAUGUCACCAGAGCCCCAAGUGUCUAACCCACAAGUUCAGCACACAUGUCACAACCAUCCGAUCCAACACCUGUUCAGCCGAGGCCGUCACGCGCAACGUCGUCUCUUUGUCUGUCCAGGUCGCCACCGUCUUCUUGCUGCUUGCUUCGACACACUGCUAAUGGUGAUGGGGCACCGCGCGCUCACUGCAGGCGGAAUCUCGCACGUAUAGAUCGUCCCCCUCCGCGAUCUUCCACUUGUAUUCCACACCACCUGCCUUGAACCUGCGAGAUCUGUGACAUGGACAUCAGCUUCUGUCUCCGGACACUCCGGGACGGACUGCUUAACUGGCUGGUCGACUUUUUCAUUUUUCUCAGGUCCUUCAGGGAGAUCUGCGCAAAUUCCGGCAUGUAUCACACAAAGACGCAAUUUCACAUGCCUCAUGAAUCCCGAAAUGGACCGUCGCAGUCGUGUUUCCUGGUCAAAUCAGAGUCCGGUAGCUGAUCUUUGCAGAACUCGAACCUUGCCAGUCGAUCUCCCCCGCUGGUUCGAAGACCGAGGUUGCGCGGUUCCUACGUUGGAAGGUGGUGACCGCAGAGCCGUGGCCGUACGAGGCAUGAUAGAACUGACCACGGACGGUAUGAGACGGACGAUCUACGAGGCGAACAAAGUCUGACCUCGUAUAGCUCUACCGCCUCGUCGCCUUCUUGCAGUCUCUGGAAGGCUUUGAACGUCCGGAUCUCGUCCUCUUUGGAGUAAACGAAGUGCAAGACGGUAUCCAUUGAGCAGGAGACACGGGUCGUGGAUCAAAGUGUUGCUCUCCGCCGUCGCAAUUUGAUCUACAGAACCGCACUGCUGGUGUUGUAUGAAGUCAUUGUUCAGGGCUGAAUGGAGGAAUCGGUUACAAGUUCAUACGCGACUUGGUCUGAGACAUCGGACACCGUGUUGCCAAAAUUCUGCUGCCGGGUUACAAGCCUCUCUCCGCCUUGUCCUCUGCAUUAUUCUGGCGAGCUAUCUGACUGGGUACAAAUGACUGCCGAGGAUGCGAGAGGGGGAUCAAACCACUACCACGGCGGCCAAGAGUUUUUCACUGGAGGACACGUUCAUGGCCACCGGUUCCCAAAGGUGGAGACGAGUACGGCACAGUAAAUCGUGCAUUCUAGAUGAUCAAGGCGAACAGCUGGCUUCGUUACUCGUCUAGAACUUGUGAUCUGUUGAGGGUACAGUAAGGCGCAUAGAUACUAUCAGUACCACCAGUACAAUCGUAUAGCCCUGUCGUCGUCUUCCCGUCUUGGUUUAGCCAUAUCAUAGAGUGUCAUAGAGAGCCAUACGAAACCAUCAGGACCGAUCGUUGCGUCAAGCCAUUCCCACGAUAACAUAAUGCGAAGCUCAGGCGAAGGGGGCCGAGACCUUGGGCCAUAAACGACGAUCUUUGGAGCCGGGCAAUUGCCAGAAGUCUGAUAAAGAUAGAUCGCCUGAGAAUUGCGGGCGGAACAUGACAACACCUCACUGCCGACCAGGGGGUGGCCAGGUUGUGUCGCUCAGCGGUCAUCCCCGGGCUUGUAGCCGACGAUGCUCAGGUGGGCAGAAACAGGCAGCAGCGAGUCGAUGGAGGGAUUAGACGCAAGAGGGGGGGCGAGUGAGUUGCAUGCGUCCCCACUGCGAAUAGAUGCAGGAGUGGGAGCUAGGGCAGUCAUGGUCGUCCUGGCGGUGAUAGGCUCUUAGCAUCGUAUUUUCAGGACAUGCCGCGUUGACCACAAGAACUUGUUCUCUUCCUUCGGGUGCCACGGGGAUCAAAUUGUUUUUCUUUGAGAUGGGCAUGGAUUGAUGCGGGCGGUCGUCGAUCUAGUCUCGUGGUAAAUGUUAAUGGAUCUUGGCAGGUAAGGGUGGCUGUGACAUUUUGUCGUCAUGUGUUGGCAUUGCUCGUAAUCUCUUUCACUAAACACCAUGUCAGCAACGGAACGCAGUGUCUCUGUGGAAAAUGACUCUGACCGUGGGGACUCCCCCGCCCAGCCCGGCAAGCCAGGGCGCAAGAAAAACCCCAACUCCCAGGCCGCCAGACGCGACCAGAAUCGCAUUGCUCAACGCGAGUUUCGUCUCCGAAAGCAGCAGAAGAUACGCGAUCUUGAGACCCGAGUUGAGAUCCUCUCCGGCGGGACGGACAAGGCUGUAGGCGAGAUGAAAAACAUGCUGCAAGACCUCAUGGAGGAAAAUCAGACUUUGCGCACCUUGCUUCGCAGUCUGUCUGCUUUCAUCGGUGAAGGGGCUGGAGGGCUACUUCCCAAACUCGGUUGGGAUCUGUCAGAGUUCAACAACUUCGUGAACAGGACAGAGACGGACACUGCUUGGGCUGGAUAUCAGCGACGCAAGAAGACUUCUGAUGUUGCUUCGGGAUCCGGCCAGAAACGGGGUGCAGAAGAUGAUGUGUCGAAUGCACACAAGAAGAGUCGGACGGACGAUAGCGACGCUGCUCAGAACGGUUAUCCUGUGCUCAUGAACAUGGGUGCAUCCAUGACGAACAGUAACGUGUACGACCGGACUCACUUUGCCGAUCUCAUGCGAGGCGGAAACAAUCCACCCAUGUUCCCCAGUCCCGGGUCUGGUGCCAAUCCUCCACCAGCUUUCGCAAAUAGCCCGCAACCUAAUUAUUCGCCUACCUACAUGUCCGGUGUGAAUAUGGCUGUCGACCCAUCACUUCCUCCUCUGUCUUUCUCUCCUGCAAUUGUCCAACCGGCGUCUGUUCCCCCGUCCUCGGCUGCUCAAUUGAACACCGAUCAAGCGGAAGAGGAUGACGAUCCGAACAAGAGCGAAGCAUACAAACUCAUUCAUUAUCAUCUCGACAAUUACAAGCGAAACACGGCAUAUUGCUUACCCUCUUCGCUUCGUCCCACUCUUGUCCAGAGAACUGUUCCUCAUGAGAGCGUUAUAGAUCGUAUUCUUCACCCUGAACUCAGAGAUCGAAUGAUUCUCUUGCGAGGCAAGUGGUUUUGGCUGUGCAAUGUCGGAUUGAAUCUCAUUCACAUUCUAGGUCGAUUUGAUCUGGUCGAUUGCCUGCUGGACUACCGGAACGCAGUCAACAUACAUGGCGAUGAUGUCCUUGCCCACAGCAAUUGGGAAAUCAGCGAAAAAUGGCUGCGCCAGUAUCACUUCUUGGUUGACCCAGCGACUCUCAACAUCGUCAAUCGCUGGAGGAGAGAGAGAGGUGAACCUGAGAUUCGUCUAGCCGAACUCAACAGUGCAGAAAAUACGCCCAAGACUACUUGAAGGUGGUGGUGUACGAUAGCAGUAUUAGUACUAUAUCUCUUGGACCGGCAAGCUUUAUUCACCCUAGGACCGAGGUCAGG